UAAACAAUAUAAUUAACAUAGUUACACUGUUGGUUAUUUAAGACUCCCUGUAGCAGGUAAUUAAGAGUGUCUGUGAUGACAUACCGCUAUCACUGGGCAGCCCUGACCUGUCCUGCCCACGCGCUGAGGUAACUCUCAGCUUAACUCGCCUUUCCAGUCUCGUUGUUUAAAAAUGGGAACUAAAAUUAGAGCAGAGAUUAUAUACUGGUACAGGACACAAUAUAUAAAUAUAGUAGUAAGGGAUAUGUUUCAAUUAUAAUGCGAUGUAGUUAGGAUAUACUGCAUUAGGAAAUAUGUUGAAGAAAAAACAUCUAAACAUAAAAAAUGGAGCAAGUUAGAAAAAGUGAAACAAAAAAGGUUAAUAAUAAUGCAUAGAAAUCGAGCCUUAUUUAAACUGCACAGCAAACAAUAUAAUAAGGAUGCAGUAUAUAGCUUAGUAUUACAUGUAAGCAGCUGGCGGUAGAAGUUCCAUGUUUAAUGAGGGCGCUGUUUAUCUUGGGCCCAGAUUAGCAGUGUGUGAGGGUGCAUGUCGCAGUGGAGCAGAGACGGCAGCAGUUGUUUAAGUAUGGCUCAACCAAAAGUCAGAUAAGUGAAGAACAGAUCAAAUUGUGAAUAUAAGAUGGCAGCAGUGUGAACAGCAUUUACUCACCAGAUGGCAACACGUACCUUCCUACAUUUACACCAUAGAUGGCAGCAUAUGGAAUUCUGUCACUAGAUGGCAGGGUGGCAUAGUCUCUCGGGAUAUUUGUAUUAUCGCCCAGGAGGAGCAUUUGGUCGUAUAAAGCCAAAGAAGCGUUAUUGGUAUGUUUUUGAUGACAGCCAAGGAAAAUUGCUGUGCUUUAAAAAUGCAAACGAGGCAAAAAAGAGCAAACCCACUGAUAGCGUUGAUAUAAAAGAUGCCACCAUCUCUCUGAGUUUAGAUCAGAAUAAUCAGUUUAUUGUUAGCAUUGAGGGCAAAGAGUUCUACCUUACAGCUGACAACCAUGAGUCUAUGAUGAUAUGGCUGCUGGGUCUUCAGGCCAAGAGAGACAGUUAUGUGAAGAGAGCGCUUCGAGAGUCCAGCUCUGACAGCGUCAGUGAUGGGGAAGCAUGUGGCAGAGAAAGGAGUCUCUCAGAAAGCAAGUCUUUGGUGAAUGACAUGGAGACGACUCACUCCUCUGUUGUGAGGUGUUCCUCCAUGAGGGAAAGAAGAGAUGUGUUCCGCCUGAGGUUCCAGAGGUUUGGUACCAUAGACACAGGAUAUGGAGAGGAACGCCAGUUUGCAGUGCCACCAUUGUUGUCCCCAGAUGCACACAGUUUGACUGCACCAUCGUUUCAGCUGACUUCUUCAGCAUCGUCUGCUUCUAGAAAAUGGAGCAGCGGAGCCAGUGGGGAGAGUGACGAUGCUUUUCUGCACACGGAGGAUGCUGGGAUAGCUAGAGAGGGCAGGCAUAGGCAAGGGAGUGAGAGAAGUGCCAGUGGUUCCAGCGACUCUGCCAUUGACUCAGACAGAAGAGUGACGGAGCUGGAGAGAGAGCUGAUGAAGGUCAAGGCAGAGCUUGCCUGUUCCUUAAACCAGGAGAGCAAGCUGAGGGAGGCACUGGAGAGGAAAGACGCUGCCAGACUGGAAGUUGUGCAAGAGGUGACUGCUGACAAUGAGAAAGGGAAGAGUUCUAAGCCUGAUGCCAAGCUCCAGGAGAAGACAAGGGUGCUGCAGAACCAGAACCGGUUUCUGAACGAGGAGGUAAAAAAACUGGGGAACCUCAGGCAGCUUGAGAGGGAGAAAUUUCAGGACCAGGAGAAAAAAAUCCACUGCCUUGAGGCAGAGAUAGACCAAUGGAAGAGGGACUAUUUGUUUGUGCUCCAGUCUACCAUUAGGAUGCCUGACGGGGACUUGGUGGAGGAAUAUGAAGUAAAACUGUAUGGAGGAGACAGGCAUCAAGUGAGACUGAGGCAGUUGCUGGAUGAGGCACAUAAAUCUAAUCCCAGUCUGCCCUCUUAUGACAGGCUCCAAGAAGGCGAGGCCCACAUAGACAGCUACGGUUUUAAGCAGAGACCAGAAAACGACAGUCUCAUCCAGCACUUUGUGUGCACGCAGCUGUACCAGCACUACUGCCACCAGUUACAGUCUUAUGAACAGCACCAGCAGGCCUGGAGAGACUACCUUAAGCUGCACAGACACAGCCUGACCAAAACUAAAGAGUUGAAGACCCUGUGUAGGGCAGGUAUUCCUCCCCAGCACAGAGCCGAGGUGUGGACUCAGCUAAUAUAUAACCAGGUGCAAGACCUGGUCAAGACCAAGGGACCCCAUUAUUACCAGAAUGUCUGUAAUAUGAUGCCAGAUUCUGUGAAUGCUAACAGGUACCUGAGACAAAUAUCUCUGGAUUUAAUGAGGACAAUGCCCAACAACAUCCACUUCAGCAGUCCCACAUCAGAUGGGAUAAAGAAGAUGCGGGAGGUGCUCCAAGCCUUCUGCGUCCACAAUCCUCAGCUAGGGUAUUGCCAGGGGAUGAAUUUCAUUGUUGGGAUGGCUCUUCUGUUUAUGGAGGCCGAAGAUGCUUUCUGGACCCUGGUGGCCAUCACAGAGAAGUACUUCAGUCCAAACUACUUUGACCACAACUUGGUGGGGGCUCAGGCAGACCAGGAGGUGCUGAAGGAGUUCCUGAGAGAGAAGCUACCCCAACUUUGGCAGCACCUGGAGGAGCUGGACAUAGAGAUCAGUACCGUCACACUCAACUGGUUUCUGCCCAUCUUCUUUGACGCUGUGCCCUUUGAGACUCUGCUGAGAAUCUGGGAUUGCUUUCUUCUGGAAGGACCCAAGGUGUUGUUCCGUUUUGCACUUGCCAUUCUUAAAAUUCACGAGUCUUCAGUUGUGCAAAAAACUGAGACCAUCUCCAUCAUGAGACACUUGAAAGCCUGUGCCAAGUUGACCUUUGACAUUGAAGGGCUAGUCAAGACUGCAUUUGAGGACCUAAAUCCAUUUCCUCGAAGGAAAGACAUCACAUCCAAGCAGGCGUACUAUGUGAACAUAUUGAAGGAGAAGGUGAAGAAGAGAGAGAAGCAACAGCGGGCAUUCCUGGAGAGAGAAAGAAUGUUUGAAGAUCUGGACCUAUACUCUUCAGGGAAGAGAGCCCUCAUAGAAUGUGCUGUACAUUUCCAGGAAGAAACAAAGGGACCAGCCUUAUCUGUCCCUACAAGUCCUACCAAACUGGACAAUGUGAUCUUUUUUUCAUGA